AUGGCUGACAGUUCGAAACAAAGUUUUCUCAACAGUCUCUUCCAAUGGACUGUGAAGAACACCGCUGAGGAAGAAGCGGCGGCAGCAGCAGCAGCAGCGACAACGACCGAUGUAGAACCGAUGACUGCCGAGAAGCGAGAGUGGUUAAACAAUGCAUUGGAAAACAUGACGGUGAAUCCGGUUGAGCGGCUGAAAUUAUGCAUCAGUAAAAUCAAAGAUGCUGAAGUCAACGAAGCGCAAAAGAAGGAAUUUCUUGAUGAACUUUGUCAUUGGACAGAAGAACUUGAUUUAGCAAAAGAUUUUUUCACUAUCGGUGGUUUAGAUAUUCUCGCGCCAUUGUUGGAUCAUUCCGAUGAUCAAAUUCGUAUUCAGACAUGUUCAUUGAUCGCGACUUUAGUUCAGAAUAAUGAUCACUGUCAGCGAAUUAUUGUGCAAUCAGGUUUACAACAAAAACUAUUGAAGAUUGUCGAGGAAUCGAACAAUGCCGACUUGAAAACCAAAGCUGUGACCGCAAUAUCAGCAUUAGUUCGAGGCUAUACACUUGGUCAACUUCAGUUACAAAAGUAUCAAGGUGCAAAAGUAUUAAUCAAAGCAUUAUCAUCUCCCAUUCCACGUUUACAAAAUAAAUUAUGCUUCCUUAUUAAUACGAUUUGCACUUCCAGUGCGCAAAUGAAAAAAAUUUUCUAUGAGAAUGGCGCAUUGGAAGAAUUGAUACGUUUGUUCAACAACGAAGCAUGUCCAGAUCAUCAACAUGUCCUCGAGACAAUUCUUACCUUAUCCAGUGCUAAACCAAAUGCACUAUUUUCCCUUGCUGAACGCGAUUCAGCGCUAGUCGAACAAUUUCAACAGAAACUCAAUGAACGCCGACAAGUUCUUCAAAAUUCUGAAGAAGAAGAUGAAAUCAAUCUAAUCAACCAAAUUCGAGUUCUACUAACUUCAUCUGCACCCGAACCUACUGCCAAUCCAAGUGAACAAUUACUCCCAAUAUCUUGA